UUAAAUGCGUUCUUGUGCGUUAAAAAGUUUCCACCAUUUGACUUGCGAGUUGCGUUUAAGGAGAGAGAUGCGUAGAUCCGCGAGUGGCUCGAGAGUGUCUGAUGAAUUUUCCCAGGCGAAGCUUACAAGGCCGUCACACUCACGGUCUAUGAGUCGAUCUCAGAGUGUUAGACUUGUUGAAGAUGCGGAGCUGCAUUUGCCAAGGUACGACCCGAGUUCUCAAUCGGGUAAGAUAGAGAAGUCGCGAUCGAGAUCUGCUGAAUACAUCGUCCAUUUCAUUCCUCUUGUUCUUGUGCUCUCUGUUAUAAUCCUCUGGCUCUUCUCUCGUUCAGCGGCUGUCUUUUAAGGAGUUGGGUUUGAAGAAACAACUUUUACUGCCAGGACUGGCGCCACACAAAUGUUUUUUUUUCUGGUUUGAAUUUUAUUUUUCAACUUUCUUUUAUAAAGUCCUUGAUUAAAUAGCAUUGUUUUGUUGUUAUAACUUAUAAAUGUGAUUUUUCAAGUAUGUAAUACAAAUACUAUUUAAGUAUCAC